AGAAAGAAAGGAAAUAAAAAUUGUCACCAAAGUUGUCUUAUAUAGUUGUUCAAUAUUAAGUAAUAAAUUAUUAAAUGGAUGAGAGAGGAAAUGGAGUUUUGAGAAAAGAAAAAGUGUGUGUUGUUGAGUGUUGAAAGCAUUGUAAAUGGUGGAAGGGCUACUUAUUUGAAUUUGAUACGGUGAUAACACUUAAACCGGACAUCACCUUUAUAUCUUCCAUCUUCGUUCCAUGACCAUGACACUCUCACGAUCAUUCAGAAGAUUUCCCAAUCUUUUUCCACUCUCUAAAUCAACUUCACAUUUUGAAUCACCCACGGUUCAAUUCAUCCAAAACCCAUCUCGGUCACUCAAAUUCCACAUUUUCCCAUUUCACACAUCACUUCUUCAUAAACCCAACAACCCACAUGCCGAAACUAUCUGCAGAAUCCUUUCAACCACACCCGAAUCACCUGUCGACGUCUCUCUUCGCAACUUUCCGGUGGAAGUCUCACCGGAGCUCGUCGUUGCUGUCUUGAACAAGCUCAGCAAUGCUGGCAUUCUCGCUCUUUCCUUCUUCCGUUGGGCCGAGAAACAGCAAGGUUUCAAUCACAACACAGAGAUUUUCCAUGCUUUGAUUGAAGCAUUGGGUAAAAUCAGACAGUUCAAGAUGAUUUGGAAUUUGGUUGAUGAAAUGAAACAACGAAAGUUGCUCAAUGGUGACACUUUUUCACUCAUUGCUCGUCGUUAUGUCAGAGCUAAAGUUAUCAAGGAAGCAUUGAAGACGUUUGAGAGAAUGGAAAAAUAUGGAUUGAAGCCUCAAAUUUCGGAUUUCAACAAGUUAAUUGAUGUUUUAUGUAAGUCAAAGUUUCAUGUUGAGAAAGCACAAGAACUGUUUGAUAAAAUGCGGCAAUGGAAUUUAGAGCCUAAUCUUAAAUCCUAUACUAUUUUGAUAGAAGGUUGGAGUCAACAGCAAAAUUUGUUGAAGGUUGAUGAGGUUUGCAGGGAGAUGAAGGAUGAUGGUUUUCAGCCUGAUGUGGUUACUUAUGGUAUAAUCAUCAAUGCUUAUUGUAAGGCGAAAAAGUAUGACGAGGCUAUUGGUAUUUAUCAUGACAUGCUAUCAAAGAAUGUAAAUCCUAGUCCUCAUAUAUAUUGUACUUUUAUUACUGGUCUUGGUAAUGGUAGUAGAAUGGAUGAAGCUUUUGAAUUCUUUGAAAAAUCUAAGGCUAGUGGGUUUCCGCCGGAAGCACCUACUUAUAAUGCUGUUGUUAGUGCUUACUGCUGGUCAAUGCGGAUCGAUGAUGCUUACAGGAUUGUCGGUGAGAUGAAAGAACUUGGGAUUGGUCCGAAUGCUCGAACGUAUGAUAUAAUACUUGUUCACUUGAUAAAGGGUGGAAGAACCAAAGAAGCUUACUCGGUUUUCCAGAGGAUGAGUAGUGAGACGGGGUGUGAGCCGAGUGUAAGCACAUAUGCGAUCAUGGUGAGAAUGUUUUGUAAUGAAAACCAAUUGGAUAUGGCAAUGGUAGUUUGGAAUGAGAUGAAAGACAAGGGAAUCCUUCCGGGAAUUCACAUGUUCUCGACAUUAAUAAUUUCCUUGUGUCAUGAAAAUAAGUUGGAUGAUGCAUGCAGAUACUUUCAACAAAUGCUGGAUGUUGGCAUUCGGCCUACUGCUAAUAUGUUCAGUGCCUUCAAGAGAGCUCUAAUGGCUGCGGGAAUGGAAAAUACUGUGAUACAUUUUGCAAAGAAAGUUGAUAAACUGAGGAAUACUCCAUUAAUUGCUUGACUUACACUAAGCUUUUUAAGUGAUCCAUUGACUUUGUUAGGAAGCAUAUUGCUUCAAAUUUCAGUAAUUUGGGCUGUAACCCUUGAAAAUGUUCUGUGGAUACUUAUCUACAUAAAUCUGUGUAACCAUUGAAAAGUUGAACAUUUUUUAAGUCGAAAUUUUCUCCAUAAAGUUACUCCUGCAAUUGACAUUGUCCCCCAGUUACAAGAACAAGUUAAUUUGUAUACAUAUUUAGCUUUAAAUACUGUUGGAACAUUGCAAAGGGAUGCUCCUCCUAAUCAGCUCCCGCCAAGUUACCCUGAGCAAGAAUGGUGACAUUUUUUUCUCUCAUUGCUCAGUGAUAUGUGAGAGAUAAGAUUAUCAAGGAACCAUUGAAGACGUUUGAGAGGAUUAACAAGGAGAUUGCUAAUUAGUUGAUCACAUGACCCACAACUCUGUGAUUUGAAAUGAGUAAGUCCAUUUAUAUUUAUAGCUUGAGCGGUCUAGUUUGAUUUAAGCACUAACCGAUGUGGGUUUUAGUCAGAAACAUACACACCCACCACUCACUCACUCCCUCAACGCUCCUUCAAGUUGCUCAAUAAUCACACUCAUUGAAAUGCUUAAUAUUUCCUUCCACUUUCAUACGUUUCAAAUCAUUGUAGCUUAUAGCUUAUAUAUCUCAAAGCAAGCACAAACAUGUAUGUUUCUACCUAGCAGAAGCUUUGGACAUUGCUAAUUAUCGAUACCUAGUUCCUAUGUAAAGUCACAUCAAAAUUGUUCUUCCUUCUCAUGUUUGCAGAACGAAGCCUCCCUCUACAUUAGUAUGAUAUAUUCCCCUUUAUUUACUGACAUCAGGAGUAACUUUAAUUUACUGAUAUGGAUUUUGUUUGUUUUUUGGUGAAAGAUGGAUUUAAAAUCACAGCCAUGCCCUCUUCCAAUUUACACCCCUCUUCCUUUACCAAAUUUUACUGACAUGGAUUUUGUUUGUUUUUUGGUGAAAGAUGGAUUUAAUUUAUAUCAUUUAUUUUGGUCAUGUGGCAUAUAUUAGUGGCAAAAAGUAAUGGUCAGUUAUCUUCGAGCACCAAAACUAUUUUUAUUGAUCAAACUGAUACAGAAAAAUUGAAGUAAGAAAUAUGACAUAACAUUACUAAUUUUAUACUUCUAUUUAUCUGUUGCUCUUUAUGCAGCAUAUACAAAAAAUAAGAAGUUGCAGAUUAACUGCAGCACAUGUUGUUAACUCAUCUUAGUUUAGCACUUGAACAUGUAUAUAUUUGUUCACCAAUAAUCUAAUCAUUAUCAAUGUAAACUUCGUUAAUUAGUGUCCAUUAUAUAUGAAAUGCUUAUCUAGAAAUCCCUUCUGCAUUUAUUAUCUCUUUCCUUUUACAACUCUGAUAAACUUGUAGGAUUCUAUCUCAAGAUUUUUGUUACAUGAAACAAAGCUCCUGCUUUGUAGUUUGUAUGACGCUUCAUGGAAGGAUCGAAUUCACCUCACUGCUUCUUCGGGACGACUUGCUCCUAACUACAGGCAAUUUCAAAUUCGGAUAUAAUUUUGAAUUAACAUGAGAGGGAAGCUUCAUAAUGACCUCACACUUAAUUGAUCAUUGCGAUUCGAAGUGUUAUAUAGUGUGAAUAUCAAAACAUUUUUUUCUUUAUGCCUCAUCUACAAAUAUAAUUUAUUGGACCGGCCUCCAACUUGUUUAGAAUAAUGUUAAACAAUUGAUGUAUAGUCUUCACACUACUGCCUUUUAUUUUCAUAGCUUUUAUGAUUCUGAACAAAAUUUUGAAUUUAAGUAGAAAACUUGACAUUAUCAUGAACUAAGUCUGUUCUGUCAGCAAUAUUUUUAACUUUCCUAAUUUAUAUGUUCCUUUGUCCAGUAUUGAAAUGUCAUUGUUAUUAAACAAUGCCUAA